CUUUUAGCUGCCCGUAUUGCUAAUGAGCUGAUGAUUUCAUGAAAGAGAAAAAUGUAAACCCCUUGAAGAGCAUGAUCAUACCAUUCGCUCAGGCUCCAGUGUUCAUCAGCUUCUUCUUUGCCUUGCGUGGAAUGGCCAACUUGCCUGUGGAAAGCUUUAAAUAUGGUGGCAUGUUGUGGUUUACUGAUCUCACUGUGCCAGAUCCUUUCUACAUCCUGCCAUUAAUCACCAGUGUUUCACUCUUCUGCACUCUUGAGCUUGGUGCAGAAAGUGGUGUCCGAGCUGACAAUCUGCAGUGGACACGAUAUGUUUUCCGGUGCCUGCCAGUGGUUAUUUUCCCAAUCACCAUGAACUUUCCAUCGGCUCUUCUGUGUUACUGGGUCACAAGCAACGUGUUUACCCUGUGUCAAGUGGGUGUGCUUCGCAUUGAAGCAGUGCGGAAGCGUUUAAACAUACCAGCAUUGGUCAAACACAAGAAGAGUGAACUGACCCUUUCGAAAAAGGGAUUUGUAGAAGGUGUCAAAGAAUCCUUCACAAACACUCGCAUUGCUCGAGAGAUUGAAGAGAGGUCUAAGGCAGACGAGAUACGAUUCAAGAAAGCUGGAAUAGGUCCAGUGGUGAAGACUUAUACAUACAAUCCCACCAAGCAGGCUUUUGCCAAAGGAGCUGGUUCAAGUCCGAAAAUCAAUGGUUAGGAUUAGUAAGAACAACAGGAUUCCAAUGUGCCCUUUUAGUCUGAACGAACCAUUCAGCCGUAGCUGCUUGUAAAUAAACUAAAUAUAUAAACGUAACAA